AUGUCGUCGCGAGUCUCCAAAAAUACACCGGGGGCAUCUUCACAGCCUCAAAAGCUCAAGGAUUCCUGUGACAAAUGCUCUGCAGCAAAAGUCCGCUGCACAAAAGAAAAACCUUCUUGCUCUCGAUGUGACAAACUGGGAAAUGCAUGCUCAUACAGUCCAGCACGACGAGUUGGUCGGCCCUACAGACCCAAAGAGUCGCUGUUCGAAGAGAAAGAGACCGGCCCAGCCCAGCCUGCCACAAAAAGUGUGACAACUCACUUUGUACAUGAGAGUAUCAAACUAUACUCUCAGUCCAAUCUGACAGCCGUCGAUACGGGCUUGAGCAGCACGGGCUCUGAGACUAUAUUCCACGCACAUCCCACCCCACCAGAGAGUGCUUUCGACAUGGGACAGAUCCAGCAGGUGGAACCUCACACCACGAAGCACAGUCAAAUUGAUCAAGACUGUCUAAUGGUUGCUUUGGAUCUCUCAGCGGAACUAGAAGGACCAGCAGAGGAAUUGAGGCGCGCUUCACCCGUUUGCCCGGGUUUGGUCACAGCAGCGACACAGAUGAUGGCACAAGUGCUGUGUCGAUUAUCCGCUAUCUUGUCCUGUCCAUGUUCUGAGCGAGCGGAGGUGGGUAUGCUUGUCUCGGCGAUUUGUAUGUGUGUCAUGGAUAUGCACGCUAUGAUAAUGGCCUUAUUUGUGGAGAAAGUACCAUCUCCCGCGGCGUUUGAUCAGGACACGCAUUGGGGAGACCUCUCCGACGAGCCUGGUAGAUUGAAUGGGGAUGAGGGUCGGAUGCGAGUCAUGGGGGAGUUGGGGAAAGUGGCCCAAUUUAUUGCGCAACUCACUGAGCGAUACAACGGAAGUAACCCACUGGAUGAGAGCAGGAGUGAAGAGAGCUCAGAUUUACCAGUGAAUUGUUUGCCUUCAAUUGCCUUUUCUCUGCAGCAAAGCCUGCAACAAAUCACUCACCAGACGAGCGAAUGGUCAUCUACCGACAUCUGA